CCUGCCCCUCCUCGGCCCAGAAAUGGCUACCAGCCCCAUCGGCCUCCCGGGGGAGGUGGGGGCAAGAGGAGAAAUAGCUGUAACGUGGGAGGAGGUGGUGGAGGCUUCAAACAUCCGGCCUUCAAGAGACGCCGGCGGGUGAAUUCGGACUGUGACCCUGUGUUGCCCUCCAACUUCCUCUUGGGGGGCAAUAUCUUUGAUCCCCUGAACCUGAAUAGCCUCCUGGACGAGGAAGUGAGUCGUGCACUCAAUGCAGAGACCCCUAAGUCAUCCCCACUUCCGGCCAAGGGUCGAGAUCCAGUGGAGAUCCUCAUCCCCAAAGAUAUCACAGACCCGCUCAGUCUCAAUACUUGCACUGAUGAGGGCCAAGUAGUUCUUGCUUCGCCACUCAAGACUGGUCGCAAGCGGCAUAGACACCGGGGACAGCACCACCAACAGCAGCAGGCAUCUGGAGGGAACGAUAACCACGCUGUGCUGCCCACAGCCCCCCUGACCCCGUCACUCCAAGGGGAGGGUGCCACACAGCAGCAGCAGCAGCAGCAGCGGCACCGGGGCCAGAACCGGGAUGCCCCCCAGCCCUAUGAACUCAACACAGCCAUCAACUGCAGGGAUGAGGUCGUGUCUCCCCUUCCAUCUGCCCUGCAGGGUCCCUCAGGGUCCCUUUCAGCCCCUUCAGCUGCCUCAGUUACCUCUGCACCCUCGUCUUCCUCCUCCCGACAUCGCAAACGACGCAGGACUUCCAGCAAGUCGGAGGCAGGGGCAAGGGGUGGAGGCCAGGGUCCCAAGGAAAAGGGCCGAGGCAAUGGGGGAAGCCGCCACCACCCACUACCUGCAGCAGGAUUCAAAAAGCAGCAGCGCAAGUUCCAGUAUGGGAAUUAUUGCAAGUACUAUGGGUACCGCAAUCCUUCCUGUGAGGAUGGGCGCCUUCGGGUGUUGAAGCCUGAGUGGUUUCGGGGCCGGGACGUCCUGGAUCUGGGCUGCAAUGUGGGCCAUCUGACCCUGAGCAUUGCCUGCAAGUGGGGCCCGUCCCGCAUGGUGGGGCUGGAUAUCGAUGCCCGGCUCAUCCACUCGGCCCGCCAAAAUAUCCGACACUACCUGUCUGAGGAGCUGCGCCUCCCACCCCAGACUUCUGAGGGGGACCCCGGGGGAGAGGAUGAGGAAGGGACUGCCACUAUCCGAAAAAGGAGCUGCUUCCCAGCCUCACUGACAGCCAGCCGGGGUCCCAUCGCUGCACCCCAAGUGCCCUUGGAUGGAGCAGACACGUCUGUCUUCCCCAACAAUGUUGUCUUCGUUACGGGAAACUAUGUGCUGGAUCAAGAUGAGUUGGUGGAGGCCCAAACAGCCGAGUAUGACGUGGUUCUCUGCCUCAGCCUCACCAAGUGGGUACAUCUGAACUGGGGAGAUGAGGGGCUGAAGCGCAUGUUCCGCAGGAUCUACAGGCACCUACGCCCUGGGGGCAUCCUAGUCCUGGAGCCCCAACCAUGGUCAUCUUAUGGCAAGAGAAAGACUCUCACAGAAACAAUCUACAAGAACUACUAUCGAAUCCAGCUGAAGCCAGAACAGUUCAGUUCCUACCUGACAUCCCCAGAGGUGGGCUUCUCCAGCUAUGAGCUUGUGGCCACACCCCACAAUACCUCCAAAGGCUUCCAGCGUCCUGUGUACCUGUUCCACAAGGCCCAUUCCCCCAGCCACUAAGUGGCCCCCUGAAGAGAAAGUGUGAAGAGGUUGCCCUUGCUGCUCCUAAGAACCUGGGGGAAGAGGAAAGUAUCCCAAGGCCUUUCUGACUAUAAAAGUUUCCUUUCUUGGAUCUGCAAAGAAAGCUUUUAAAUUGCUGCUCCAGUCUCCUCACCUACAUCUCUGGCAUCUGAGCAGCAAGUCCAGCUGUGCUGGAAUUAUCUUCCGCUCCCCACCAGCCCACUGGGCUGGAUGGCAUGACUGUUUGCUGAUCUGUUCUCCUAGGGUGUGGGAAGUGGCAAGCAUCAAAUUCUCUAAUCCUUUCCUUCUGCUCUCCCAGGGAGAUUCCCUUUUCUCCUCAGCCCUUGUCUCUAGCUGCAUUUCAGUGGACCACAGAAGAAUGGACUGAGGGUUAGAGGGGGAAGCUUGGCAGGGAGGCACACAAUACUGUGAAAAUCCUUCUGCUGGCCCCCAGUGGGAGAGAGGGCUGGGUUUGGAAUGUGAGAGCACAAUAAACUUGAUGUCUAGGA